AUGGAGUCGACAUAUCGUCCCUCGUUUGCGGGCCACAAACGGAAAAUCGGCGACGCCGAAUCCCUCGAAGAAGAGAGCUAUCGACCUGCUUUUGGCUCCCAGAAAUUUGCCCGAGCCUCCUCCCGCUCGCCGUCUCCGCCUGCUGCCAUGAACCCUGCCUCUCGCCCGUCAUGGCGCAAUCAAAAUACGUCGUCUCCAAAGCCCAGCGGGAACUCCUUCGCCGCCCGGAUGAUGGCGAAGAUGGGCUAUGUGGAGGGUCAGGGUCUCGGGUCAACUGGCCAGGGCAUUCUGAAUCCCGUGGAACAUGUUUUGAGGCCGCAGGGUAUUGGCUUGGGGGCCGUGAAAGAAAAGUCCCAGCAAGCGAGGGACGAAGCUAAACGUGAGGCCGCAAGGAGAGGCGAAGUCCUGGAAGACAGUUCGGACGAAGAACGAAGAGCGCGCCAGAAACGUAAAGAGAAAAGGAGAUUAGAGGGUGGAAGCCGCAGUGGAACGAGUACGCCGAAAGGCCCGCCCAAGCCAAGGUACCGGACUGCGCGAGAAAUCGAAGCGGAUACGGUGGGCUUAGAAAUACCCAACGUAUUGAAAUCGUUGAUUGAUGCGACAGGAACGGAGCACAAGUUAUUGACAUCAACGGCUGGGUUGAUGACACAAGUUGAGUUUGUGAAUGCAGAUGAGAGUGAAGCUCUCAAGCUUGCCCGCAAAGCUCGAAAUGAUCUAGAGGGCUUUGCCGAUGAAUGGAAAGGCCUCCAGGAAAGGAAGAAGUACACCGAGCUAGAGGAGGCCCAAAUCGUGGAGGAGAUUGAUACCGUACAGAAGAAGAUUGAUCGACUGUCGCUAUUCAACUCUUCUGUGCAAGGCUUGACUGGUAUCGAUCCUGAAGACAGCCUUGAUGCCCGAUGGGAGCAGACAACAAAGCAAUUAGAAGAUACAUAUACUCAAUAUCAAGAUGCCGCUGAAGAGUUUGGAUUAUCUGAAAUUGCUGUCGCCGCCAUACAUCCUCUAUUCCGCCAAUCCAUGGAGCAAUGGGAACCAUUGAGUCAACCGGAUUAUCUUACAACUCACCUUAAACGGCUCAAAGCCAUUAUGGCACCGAAAAAGCCGGAGAUAGAAGAAGAGUUUGUUGUCCGACAGACUACCACGCCGUAUGAAACUCUAAUAUACACAGUGUGGCUCCCACGUGUACGUACAGUCCUUCUGAAUGAUUGGGACGUACGAGAGUCAGGGCCAGCAACCUCCCUAAUUGCAGCUUGGAAAGAUGUAAUACCUCAAUUUGUACUCUCAAGUGUUUUGGAUCAGGUAAUCGUCCCAAAGCUGAGUACGGCGCUGAAGGAGUGGAAACCAAGAAAGAGUAAAAGAAGUAAUGGUUCAUCAGAAUAUUUUCCCUGGUUUUUGUUCGAUUGGUUAUCAUACUUGGAUGACCAACACACCGACCCAACAGCGCCCACUGGUAUUUUUUCUGAUGCAAAGCGGAAAUUUCGGAGUGUUUUGGAUAAGUUGAAUCUCAAUAAAGGUAUUAUGAACGGUAUUGAUAUGUGGAAGGAUGUGCUCGGGCCUGAAUUCGAUACUGCUCUUCGAAAUCAUUUGCUACCCAGACUUGCUAGGCAUCUACGGGAAAAUUUUGAGGUCAACCCGCAGGAUCAAGAUCUCACCGCAUUCGAAAACGCGCUGCAGUGGAAGCCAUAUUUUAAGUCAAACGUCAUGGCUCUCCUAUUAUGUGCAGAAUUCUUUCCCAAAUGGCACGCUACAUUGCAUCUAUGGCUCACAUCGGAUCCAAAUUACGAAGAAGUGGGUCAGUGGUUCACAUGGUGGAAGUCACAAAUACCCGAAGAACUCAAUGCCUUGGAUGAUAUUGCUAAGGAAUGGAACCGAGGUCUUGAAAUGAUGAAUCUCGCUCUUGAUCUUGGAGAAAAGGCCAAGACAGAGCUCCCAGCCCCCGUUGCUAAUAAAGAGCAGCAAGAUUUACAAAAAGAGAUACAUGGGAUGCACCAUCACAUCCCAAAAGAACCGCCCCCCAAAGCUCCCAGUAAAGGUAGACCAAGGGAAGAGGCCACUUUCAAAGACAUUGUUGAAGAAUGGUGCGCAGACGAGGGUAUACUUAUGGUUCCUCUACGCGAAGCACACGUUCAAAGCGGCCUGCCACUCUUCCGGCUUACUGCAAGUGUAAAUGGCAAAGGCGGCGUGCAGGUAUAUCUAAAGGGGGACGUUAUUUGGGCGCAGAACAAGAAGUCAAAGGACGUCUGGGAGCCAAUUGGUUUAGGUUCAGGACUUAUUGCUAGAGCAGAGGGAAAGUAG